CGAGCACUUUAAUUUAUUUUUUUUUUUUAGUUUUGUGUAUUCGAUUUACCGCGUACGUGAGAAGUGAGAAUAUGUUUAAAAGAAGUAAAUAAUUUAAAAUUAAGAUAUUUUGAACGUUUUAUUUCAUUAUUUCGCAUUCAUUUGUAUGUCUGAGGUGUUGUUCAGGAAUUAAUUAAUUUUUACAAUGUAUGCCAUUACACCAAGUCCAUUUUGGGUUGAAAGGAGGAUGCAGAUGAAAGAAAGAGAAAGGAACAUUCCAGCUGCGAUAUUAAGUAUAAUUGUGAUUGCAACAUUAUCUACAGCAUUAGCGCAACCUAAAUGGUUCUAUUUAAAAGGAGGAGGUUGCACACACGAAUAUAUAGGAGUUCAAGAAUUUUUUUAUAUGGGCUAUUUUGAAUCUGUGAAAUCUACAAAGAUGAAGGAUAGUGACAUGUAUUUUAUAUAUCAUGGCUAUAAUGAUGAAAUGAAAUAUUGUGUAACACCAGCCAUCGUAAAUGUGAUAAGAACUGUUAUAGCUCUUUGUUUUAUUGCAAUUUUGACUACCCUUGUCCAGUUCUUUUUUGAUACCAUAGGAGUUAGAAAUAAGUGGUUGAAAACAAUAAGAAGAAAUUCUCUCUUUAAUAUUCUAACUGUGUUGUUGUGUGUCAUCAUCAUUGGUUUGUGUUUCUACAUUUCGACCUUGAUGGAACAGCAACAGAAGUCAACAAAAAUCAACCCCACUACCAAAGUCGAGAUCAAAUUUGACGUGAGUUACUUCUUAGUAUCUGGAGCGGGAGCCAUGGCAAUACUUGCAGCCGCCGCAAACCUUCUCAGGCGGUAUCCCAUUAUAGAGAGCCAAAGCACCCAAGGGCUCCUUGACGAUGCAGACAACACUGAAACAUUUUCUAUCGAAUUUCCUCACAUGUCAUCAACGUGGCCUUACAGAAUCGAGAGUUCUCAGAUGCAAAAUUUAUCUGCUCCCCCACCUUAUUCUCCUUAGAAUUAAUUUUCUUUUUGUUUAAUACAAAAGUGCUUAAAUGAAGACAGUACUAGCAUAUCAGAAAAAAUGGUUGUAUAUUUCUUAGCAUUUUAGAAUUCUAUAUUUAUUUUAAACAGUCCAAGCCAAACUCAUUAAGAUUUUGUAAUAUUUGAAAUCUCAUCUUUAUUUAAUAUAUAUAUAAUGUAUAAAUAGCUACAUACUACAAAAAUCUUCAUUAUUCUUCUGUAUAAAUAUGUAUUUUGUACAUAACUAAAGGAAUAAUUUUACAGAGGCUCUCAGAUACUUUGAUAAUCUAUUAAUUACUUAAGUUAGAAAUCAAAAAUAAAAAAAAAGUCCUUUUUUUAUUUAUACUGUUGAGAGUAUUAUUCAAAAGUUUAUUCAAUAUUAUUGUUGUUAAAUAAUAUAUAACCUUGUAAAAAUUAUUUUGAAUAUCGAAAAAAAUUGUAUCUAAUCAAAAAGACGAAAGUUGUAUAUUACAAUUCGUAUAUUUUUAUAGUUAAUGGAAUUUAUUAUUUAAUUGAAACAAAUGCAAAUAUGCUUUAUAUUUAAGUAAUAUAAAUUGUAUAUAAAUGUAUGUAAGAUGAUAUUGUCAAGCCAAAGUGCCUUGAUGUGAAAUUAGAGAGAGAAAUAAUAAAUGUUUAUUAUAUAUAUAAAUUCAUAUUUUGCUCAUGUAAUUUGCUUAAUAAAAUUUAAUUUUGACAAAAAAUUCCCUAAAUAAUGAAUAAUCCAUAUCUUAUGCAUAAUUGAAGACCUUGAGGCAAGAACACAACUCUUCCAUAACCUUGAAAAAUUUGCUCUAAAAUUUCAAAAUUUGUUCCCUAUUUUAACUCAGAUUGCGGGCAAUUAAUAAUGAUGUAGGUUAAGAUAAAAUUUUGGGUGGUGUGAGAAUGGAAAUUUUAUCUGUUGAAUUUCUAGGAACAAAGGGCAAUGUUCAACAAAGAAACAGUUAUGUUCUUGCUGCAAGAUCAUCAGUUCUCCAGAAUAUACUGUAAAUUAGACCUGUAACUAUGGGGAGAUUAUGAAGUUUAUGCUUCUAACAC